AACGUUCGACAUCGGUACAUUAAUAUAAGUCUCGAGAGUCACACCACGAGUUCUGACAGAAAGCGGAACUGCACAAGCACCGCUAUUUUAACCCUGUUUGAAGGUACUUGAGAGAUAGAUUCGCACAUGCGUUUCUCAAACUCGCGCUUCGAGCAAACAUUCGCGUCCAGUGCUCGGAAGAAAACAUAAAGAGGGUCGGCCCGUACCCUAAAAUAAUGUUUUUCUCGAAGUGCAUUCGGUGAACUUCUCUUGCGGAACCGACAAAGUGCGAUUGUUACGGACGUAUAAAUUAGAUCUCGGAGUUAUACCGGAAUAGUUUCUUCAUUUUUUUCGGAACGAAAGGACGUACAAGUUAAACAUUGAAGUUCCAUGCGGAAGCUCGCCAAGGAAAUGGAACGCAAGACACUUUGCUUCCUUCUCAUCGCUCUGUUUGCCAAAAUUUCAGAUGCCAAUGGCACUGGAUGCGGUUAUCCGGGUGCACCAGCACAUAGCAGUGUGCGUUUCACCUACCCAGACUUGGAUGAUGUCAUAGAUGAAGAAGAUGCCCUUCUUAAGGAUACUACUUUUCCGUUGGGCACUGUAGCUACGUAUUUCUGUGAACGUGGAUUCGAGCUCUUGGGACCAGCAAGAAGAGAAUGCCAAGCCGAUGGGACGUGGACGCCGGAGGGUGUACCCUUCUGCGUUCUAAACGUGGCUGGUGGCAAAGCGCCGAUGCAGUCCAGUAGCGCGGAGAGCGGAAUUCCUCAACGUGCCGUUGACGGAAGCAGCAGUCAGAUUUACACACCGCAAACCUGCACCCUGACAAGGCCCGAGCGUAGACCAUGGUGGUAUGUGAACUUGCUGGAACCGUAUAUGGUUCAGCUGGUGCGAUUGGACUUCGGCAAACCGUGCUGCGGUGAUAAUAUUCCCGGCACAAUCAUCGUUCGAGUCGGUAAUAAUCGACCAGAUUUAGGAACGAAUCCUAUUUGCAAUCGGUUCACCGGUAUUCUAGAGGAAGGACAGCCUCUUUUCUUGCCGUGCAAUCCGCCGAUGCCCGGUGCUUUUGUCUCGGUGCAUCUGGAAACUGCAUCGAGCGAUCUCGUGCAGCUGUCCUUAUGUGAAGCAUUCGUCUAUACUGAUCAGGCUUUGCCGAUCGAAAGAUGUCCUCAAUUCCGGGAUCAGCCACCAGGCUCAACGGCAACUUAUAAUGGCAAGUGUUAUAUAUUUUACAAUAGUCAGCCAUUGACAUUCAGAGAAGCUUUAAAUUUCUGUCACGACCGACACGGCACUCUCGUGGACGAGAGCAAUCCUGCUCUACAAGGAUUCAUCUCAUGGGAGUUAUGGAGACGACACAGGAGUGACACAUCCAGUCAAUAUUGGAUGGGCGCAGUUAGGGAUCAAAAAGAUCGAACAAUAUGGAGGUGGAUCGGAAGCGGCGCAGUAGUGUCUAUCUCGUUCUGGGGUACACCGCAGGGCACGGAAGACGAUUGCGCUCGGUACGAUGGCAGCAGAGGCUGGCUUUGGUCCGAUAUAUCUUGCUUAGCACGACUUAAUUACAUCUGUCAACAUCAACCAAAAGCUUGCGGCAGACCUGAGCAACCGCCAAAUUCUACGAUGACGGUGACUACCGCAUCAACCAGGACUCCUAGUAACGUGUACAAAGUCGGAACAUCGGUGGAAUACAGUUGUAAUGUGGGUAGUCUUCUGAUUGGACCGGCAACUCGUACUUGCCUCGACACUGGUUUUUACAACGAGUUUCCGCCAGUGUGCAAAAGUAUUGAAUGUGGUUAUCCUGCGAGCAUAAAACACGGUGGCUAUACGCUCAUCAAUAACACCGUUAAUUAUCUCAGUCAAGUGCUUUACUCCUGCGAGGAGGGAUACGAGAUGACCGGUCGCGCCCGAUUGACUUGUGAUAUCGACGAGCGUUGGAAUGGACCACCGCCGCGAUGUGAACCGAUUCUUUGCGACCCACCGGCUAUAGUUGCGCAUAGUUCUGUCCAAAUAGACGAGAUCGAUGAGAAUGGAAGUGUUUCAUUAAAGAACUUCAAUCGAAGUCUGCUAGUUGGUAGCAUCGUUACUUACACAUGCGAAAAGGGUUAUCGACUUGUUGGUUCCCGACAAAUACUCUGCUUAAAUACCGGAUUGUACGAUCACGUCGCACCUACUUGCAUAGAAGAACCACGAACAACCGUGACCACUACUACUCGAGCGACGAUACGGUCGUCGACACAGAAAGUUCGGCCAUAUCUUACCUCAAGAAUCAGGACCACGACAAGCUCGACAACAGUUGCUACCAGUACAACUUCCUUGCCAGUUAGAAAAGUGUCUAAUACCGCGGAACUUCCAGCUACAGUGAGGGAGACCAUUUCGAAAAGACCGAGCGUCGGCCUGAAUAAACCCACAUUACCUUCACCGGUAAUUAACGACGCUAGUAAUGAUCAUCCGCAGGACAAUGAGAUAUCCGGAAGCGGUGUGGAUCAUGCUCAAGCGGGAAUCGGCGCAGUCGUACCGGAACCUUCCGGCCCCUUCCGAGUUGACGAGCAGCCUAGCAGUGCUCAUCAGGCCAAGUUGAAUUUAGGUGCCGUGAUCGCCCUGGGAGUGUUCGGCGGCUUUGUGUUCCUUGCCGCAGUGAUCACAACAGUGGUUAUACUUAUACGCAGAAACCGCGGAAGAAGCAGUAAACACUAUCGUCAUCGUGCAUCACCCGAUUGUAACACCGUUGCCAGUUUCGAUAGCAGUUCCUCGGAAAGUAGAGGAGGUCUGAAUCGUUAUUAUCGUCAAGCCUGGGAGAAUCUGCACGAGACCACCGGUCACAAAACCAGCCAUCCGCCGCUUCAUCGUAAGGAGACCCUGGAUGAACCAGGAUAUCGAGAGAACUUCCGCGGUAAUAACAACACUGAGCGCGAUGGUUCGGAAUUAGUCGUUAGCGAUGUCGCCGCUUACCCAUCAAGCAAACAUGCCAGCAUCUCCGAUAAGAAGCGUCAUCAUCAUCAUCAUCAUCAUCAUCACGGCAACGCGACACCUGAUUGGAGACAAUCACAGUCUCACCACCGAUAUUAAACGGAAGGUAAAACUAUAAAACAUAAAAAAAUACUUUAUCAUUGAAACGUAUUCGCUACAUCACCAUUUGCGAUCAUGUAGAUGAUGAUUUGUAGAGAGACUGUAGUGAACAUUUUCACAAUUCUGUCGCGGGUCAAAAGAUCUUCCUUAAAUGAGGGAGCAUAGCGAAUCUUCCACUAACAAGUUGUAUCUAAUAAUGAAAUUGAAAAUAAGAAUAGCUGAAAUAGAUCAUAUAUCAUUUUAAUAUAUUAUAAAUAUUAUUUAUCGUCAUGUUAUUUUAUAUAUAUGAAAUGUGUAAAUAUUAUAUACAUUAUAACUUAAGAAUAAGAUACGAUGGAUUGUUACUCGUCGUAAGGAGGGUAGUAUAAGCUGGUCAAGAGAUAUGCCAAAAAAAGCACAAAAGUAUAAAUAUAAAAUAACGCGAUCAAACGAAUAUAUAGUAAUUUAACCCUUAAAGAUAAGUUAUUGUAGGAUUGAAGUUUGUGUAAUUUCUUACACAUUUGAAAAGAGAUUUAUCUAAUGAAAAAUCGGAUUGGCAAAAUUUAUAUCUGUGUCAUGGGUACCUUGGCCUCACUUUAAAUGGAUCACUGUUUCCAGAAAAACGGAAUACUGUAUAUAAGUAUCAUUAAGGAAAGGCCGAUGUUAUCCAUCUAGGAAUAAAACAAAUAUUAUAAUAACUGUUGUGCGUGUCUAUACAAGUAAACGCGAGGAAACGAAGACAAUUAUAUAUUUAAUUAUAACAAUUAUAUAUUUAUAUAUAUUUAAAUCGUGGAUCGCUGUUAUACCUCCAAUAUAUGCUACUUUCUCUACUGAGAGUUUGUAUUAUAUAAAUACGUAACA